AUGUGCCUGGUGGUGAAGGCGGUGGAAUCUGUGUGUGGAGACCACCGGAGGAAGGUGAAAGCUGCCGUCCUCUCCUUCAUCAAGGAACUGUUCCGCUCUGGCGUCGACGACUGUUCAGCAUGGGGUCUGGUGGCCUAUAUUUUCCAGGAGUUCAGUCGGGCCACCAGCAGACUGGAGACAGGAAACCUCUCUGAGAUAGAAGUGCUGGAAGAAACCGCGCUUCAAACCCUGUGCUUACAAGUCCUCGACUCUCUGGACGUCUCAGUGAGCGGCAUGGCGAGACUCCUAUGGCCAAGGCUCCUCCAGUAUGUAGUGCCAGCUCAGUACACUGGCACUCUGAUCCCACUCUCCCGAUGCCUCCGGGCGCUCCUGGAGAGGCAGGAGAGAGCAGAGGAGCAGAAGGAAGAACCCAACUACCUGGGCUACCAAGAACACGCCACAAUGCCAACUCCCCAGGCUCUGCUGCUACGCCUCCUGGACUCAGAGCUCAAGCUGGCCCUCAUCCAGAGCGUCACAGAGGUCAGCUCGGCCAUUCAAGGGGUCAGCAACGAGGAGAACUUUCAUUUCUCUUCCAAAAGGGUGCUGCUGGAGCUUCUGCUGGACUUGGUGAAGCAGGAGCCCGUGGGUUCUGUGCCUUCUCCUGUUUGUUGCAAGGCGAUUCUUGCGCUUGAGCAUUUGAGCAAGAUCAAGCCAUCUCUGACCCAGGAGGAAAACUGUCAUCUCCUUCACGCGUGCUUCCAAAGCCUAUUUCCCCUGCCUCCUCUUGAGCGGACCAGAGAGGAAGGGGAGGCAGCAAAGGAUACUCAGCACGGAGAG